AUGUUUCUCAAUUUGAAAAAUUUCCUUCUGCUUUUCUCCUUGGCAUGCGUCGUGUUGGGUCAGAAUAGUAGCUCUACUUCCGCUUCAGGCUCGUCUUCGGGCUCGUCUUCGGGCUCGAGCUCAAGCUCCGGGAGUACUAGUACUUCUGUCCAGCUUUCAACCGCAGUCACAACACUGGUGACAGUCAACUCGAAUUCGCAAACAACAACUAUUACUUCCUCUGGUGUCGUUACACUUACACCUACUGCCUCAUCCGGCUCCUCGUCCAAUUCCUCUAAUUCCAAUUCUACCACAACCACAACACCGACUACCUUUCCCAUCGCAUCCGCAACCACGAUCGAUGGUGGAGGUGGGUCGGAUGCAGCACCGGACCCUGGUCAGACUAGUAGCAAUGGCAAAUAUGGUCCAAACGACGGUUACAUAGCUGCUGCUGGGAACUUGGUCAUCAAUACUCUGCUUGUCACUGUCGUUGGAGGAUUGGUCGGGGCCGGGCUGGUUAUUUUCUAG